AUGGACGAGCCAAUGGUAGACGCCUCCGGGGCGCAGGUCAAAGUCACCUUCACCACCACCGAGGCCGAUCUCCAGCUUCCCGAGUCUAAGCGACAACUUCUCGUACCCGCAGACAUCCGCCGCUAUGGCCUUUCUCGUGUCCUCAAUUCCGAGUCGAUGCUCGACACCGGUUCCAUCCCCUUCGACUUCCUCGUUAACGGGAGCUUCCUUCGAACCAGCCUCGAAGACUACCUCACCAACAACGGCCUCUCUCUCGAAUCCAACCUUACCCUACAAUACGUCCGCAGCUUAAUACCUCCGGUGUACGAAGCCAGCUUUGAGCACGACGACUGGGUCAGCGCCGUCGAUGUGCUCUCCGCGAGCUCACCCUCAGGUCGCUGGUCCGGCGACAAUUUCCAGCGCGGCCAGGACAGGAUUCUCUCAGCUUCGUUUGACGGCCUGCUGAGGAUAUGGAAUGCUUCCGGUCAGGUCAUUGCGACCUCUCCUUCAGGAAGUCACGGUGGACACACAGCCAGCAUAAAAGCGGCCAAAUUCCUCACCAACUCCCAGCUCGCGUCCGCUGGCAUGGACCGGACGGUGCGGGUAUGGAAGUACACCGAGAGCGACCACUUCUCAGGCGAUCUCAAGCCCACCCUCGAACUGUACGGCCACACCGGCUCAAUCGACUCGCUCGAAGUCGACGGUGCCUCCAAGCGCAUCCUGACGGCCUCUGCCGACGGCUCAAUCGGGUUCUGGAGCACCUCCAAGGCGUCAGCCCCCGAAGCGGACAGCUCGCUCCUACCCAACGCGCACACCUCCAAGCGCCGCAAGGUCACCACCUCAGUCACGGCCGCCCAGCGCGGGCCCCUCUCACUCAUGCCAAUCCACUCGGCGCCCGCCAGCGCAGCUGUCUUCGACCCGCGCGACCGCACGGUCGCCUACUCGGCCUCGCAGGACCACACACUGCGCACCAUCGACCUCACCACCAGCACGGUGGUCACCACGCACUCGACCUCCCACCCGCUCCUCUCCCUCUGCGCCCUGCCCCGCGGCAACAGCGCCUCCCCUCUACUCGCCGCCGGCACAGCGGCGCGGCACAUCACGCUGGUGGACCCGCGGGCGAGCGCGGCGACGACGUCGGUCAUGACGCUGCGCGGGCACGCCAACAAGCCCGUGGGGCUGUGCGCGUCGCCCCGCAACGAGUACGCCCUCGUCUCGGGCGCCCACGACGGCACCUGCCGCGUGUGGGACCUGCGCAGCGUGCGGCCGGCCACGCAGGAGGAGGGCGGACUGGGCAGUGUGAGCGAGGCCGUGUAUGUCAUUGAGCGCGAGGGGGCUAAGGGAGGGAAGAAGACCGUAGCUGGGGAGGGGUGCAAGGUGUUUGGGGUGGUGUGGGAUGCCGAGCUGGGGAUUGUCAGUGGUGCGGAGGAUAAGCGCGUGCAGAUUAACGCGGGGAGGGAUGUUGUUGCUGAGUAA